UGCAGAACACGCAACAAGCGGACCAGCGGAUGGAGAGAGAGAGAGAGAGCGCCAGAAGAAGAAGAAGAGAGAAGGACGGAUGCAAGGCGAGGCCAGGAGCGAAAAACCAUAUCUCUCCCGGCCGUCCAGAUGUUGUCUUUUUGUUUUGUUUUGUAUCACGGCAUCAUUUUACGAUUCCUGCCUUUUUAAAAAGCCUGAUAUAUCCCCAUGUCCGUCCUGAUGUGCUGCUGCGCCUCAUCACGAUUCUUCAAGGAUAUGCAAAGCGGCUGUUAUCGCGUCGACGCUAUUUGCCAUUAAAUGCAAGGAUGUAAUAUCGGAAGCAUAUGGUCAACAAUGACAACCGACGAAUGGGCUUCAUGAGCUUUAGAAAUCGACGGAGGCAGACAGAGCAGCCCGGGUCUGUGCGUUCAUUUGCGCCUAAUUAUUGUUUUGCUUGUGAUCGCGUAUUUUCCUCCAUUCAUCCAUCGGAGCUAUAAGGCCUAUAGCCCGCACCAUAUCUGGGCAUGAAACCCGUGGGAAUUAUGAUACCAACGUGACGCACAGUCACACAGCACAGCGGGGAAGACAUCGAGCCUCGACGGGACGGAGGGAGGGUGUGAGGUCCAGCGGAGCAGAGCCCUACACAGUACACUGAUCACAGGAGGAGGACGCCCAGUUGUUGUUGGACACAUCGCGCUAAUGACUGCCGUAUAGCCCAACAGGUAUCGCCCACCACCAUUUCCCCAUUGAAUAUUUGAUUUUGUUUCAUGCAUCGGGCCGAGCGGAGCGGGAGAAAGGGAGGAGAGUACAGUGGGUGCAUGAGGGCGCGGAGAGACGGGAUGCGGGAGACGCAGUGAGCGAGGAGGACGAGGAGGAGGGAAACCGGAGGAUUGACGGCUCUCCUAACGCAGCUGGUGGUGUGACAUCCUAACUCUUCCUGCCCAGCAUGGCUGUGUCACUGUGGUUCCUGGGGGUGUGUGUGCUCACUCUGGCUCACGUCGCCCCCUCCGGCCAAGCUAUGUCCCGGGCUGCCAUGCCAUUCGGGCUACUGCGCAGGGAGCUGGCGUGUGAGGGUUACCCCAUAGAGCUGCGCUGCCCAGGAAGUGACGUGGUUAUGGUGGAGACCGCCAACUAUGGACGCACUGAUGACAAGAUCUGUGACGCAGACCCCUUCCAGAUGGAGAACACACAGUGUUACCUCCCUGACGCACUCAAGAUUAUGGCCCAGAGGUGUAACAACAGGACCCAGUGUGUGGUGGUCGCAGGGGUCGACGUCUUCCCAGACCCCUGUCCUGGAACAUACAAGUACCUGGAGAUCCAGUAUGAGUGCGUCCCUUAUAAAGUGGACCAAAAAGUUUUCGUGUGUCCUGGCUCAUUGCUCAGCAUCCAGCCGGCGUCCUCUCUCCUGGAGGCGGAGCAUCAGUCAGGGGCGUGGUGUAAGGACCCGCUGCAGGCCGGUGACAGGCUGUACGUCAUGCCGUGGACGCCAUAUAGGACAGAGGUGCUGUAUGAGUAUGCCUCCUGGGACGACUACCGCCAGAACAGAGUCACCACCACCUAUAAGUUGCCUAGCCGUGUGGACGGUACGGGCUUUGUGGUGUAUGACGGCGCUGUGUUUUACAACAAGGAGCGAACUCGCAACCUGGUCAAGUAUGACCUACGGACACGCAUCAAGAGCGGCGAGGCAGUGGUGGUCAAUGCCAACUACCACGACACCUCGCCUUACCGCUGGGGAGGGAAGUCAGACAUCGAUCUGGCGGUGGACGAGAACGGCCUUUGGGUGAUCUACUCUACUGAAGCCAAUAAUGGGCGCAUCGUGGUCAGCCAGGUGAACCCCUACACCCUGCGCUUUGAGGGUACUUGGGCCACCGGCUUUGACAAGCGUGGAGCGAGCAACGCCUUCAUGGCCUGUGGAGUGCUCUACGCCGUGCGCUCCAUCUUCCAGGAUGAUGAGGGGCAGGCAGAGGGCCGAGUCGGAAGCGACAUGGUGGUUUACGCUUACGACACCAGCCGUGGACAGGAGCUGCCUGUUCAAAUACCAUUCCCCAACCCUUACCAGUACAUCUCUUCCAUAGACUACAACCCCAGAGACAACCAGCUGUAUGUGUGGAAUAACUACUAUGUGCUGAGAUACCCGCUACAAUUUACACCGCCACCGCCCACUAAAGGUCCCCUCUCCUCUCUGAUGACGACCGUCCGCUCCUACACAGCCACUGUUGCGCUGACCCCAGUGCGGCCGUCUGCCUCUCACCCAAUUGGCGUCAUCAACCGCGGACCCUUUGAUCAGCGGCCAAUCACAGCUAUGGUCCCUCUGACUCCACGUCCACCUCUGCGUGUCCCCUUGGCUCCUGGGGGCCCCGGUCAGGUGGGAGGAUGUGAGGGCCGGGUGGCAAGAGGGGUGCAGUGGCCGCCCACCCUGAAGGGAGAGACAGUGGAGAGGCCCUGCCCUAAAGGCUCACUGGGUAUAGCUUCCUAUCAGUGCAUGCAGUCUCCAGUGGGUUGGAGCUCCAGAGGGCCUGACCUUUCCAACUGCACCUCUCCCUGGGUCAGCCAAAUUGCACAGAAGAUUAAGAGCGGAGAGAACGCGGCCAACAUCGCCGGGGAGUUAGUCAACCUGACCCGUGGUCGGAUCUAUGCCGGUGAUGUCAGCAUGUCUGUCAGGCUAAUUGAACAGCUAUUGGACAUCCUGGACUCCCAGCUCCAGGCCUUGAGACCAGCUAAUAAAGAGUCAGCAGCACGCAAUUACAACAAGCUGCAGAAAAGGGAACGCACAUGUAGAGCUUAUGUUCAGGCGGUUGUUCAGACAGUUGAUAACCUGUUGGGUCCUGAGGCUCUGGUGUCCUGGGCAGAUAUGAGCAGUGUUGAUCAGUCCCGCUCAGCAUCCCUGCUGUUAGACGCAGUAGAGAAAGGAGCGUUUCUAUUGGCUAACAACCUCUAUGAAGGCCGUUUCAGUGACAGGGCACCAAAUGUUGAUCUGGAGGUGUAUGUACUAAAUACAGAGGCAGACAUACAGGACCUGACGUUCCCUCACUCCUACGACAGCGACAGUAUCUUGCAGAUAUCAGCACUGGCUCUGCAACAGUACAGCAACAAUGGCCAGGUGAAGCUGGUCCUCACUCUCUAUAAGAACCUGGGCUCCUUCCUGACCACCCAGAACUCGACUCUGCGGCUCGGGCUGGGGCUGAGCCAGGGGUCAGAGGCCAGGCGUAAGAGCCUGGUGGUCAACUCCCAUGUCAUCUCUGCCUCUGUGCACAGAGGAUCCAACAGAGUGUACCUCUCCGAGCCAGUGAUCUUCACUCUCAGGCACCUGCAGCUAGAGAACCACUUUGGCCCCAACUGCUCUUUCUGGAACGCAUCAGGGGUUUCUGGGAGUGGCAGGUGGUCUACACAGGGCUGCCGCCUGUUACACACCAACAACACACACACAACCUGCGCCUGCAACCACCUGUCCAGCUACGCUGUUCUCAUGACGUAUCAGCAACCCGCUUUCGGGGUCGGUGUAGAAGAGCUUCUCGUCUAUGUGGUUUCCUGGGUUGGGAUCUCCGUGGCGCUGGUGUGUUUGGCGACCUGCCUUACCACCCUGUGCUGCCAGGGGGCGCCCUGGCACACAGACCACAGCACCAUCCACUGCAACCUCUGGGCCAACCUGCUCAUCACUGAACUGCUCUUCCUUGUGGGUGCCAACAAGACUCAAUACACAGUUGUGUGCUCCAUCAUUGCUGGCCUGCUGCACUUCUCGCUGCUCUCUGUGUUUUGCUGGUUGUGUCUGGAGGGGGUGGAACUGUACUUGCUGCAGCGGGAGGUAUUUGAGGGACGUAACUCCAGGAGGAAGUAUUUCUACCUGUGUGGCUACUCUAUUCCUGGGCUGGUGGUGGCCGUGUCCGCAGCCAUAGACUUCAGAGGCUACGGCUCCAAAACUGCAUGCUGGCUGCGAACAGACAAUUACUUCAUUUGGAGUUUCCUUGGACCUGUUGCUGUUGUCAUUACAUUGAACCUGGUUGUCUUGGUGAUGACCUUACAUAAGAUGCACAGCACUGCUGCUUUGAAGCCAGACUCCAGUCGCCAUGACAACCUGAGGGCGUGGGCGGUGGGCUCCCUGACACUGCUCUUCCUGCAGAGCGUCACAUGGUCCUCGGGCCUGAUGUUCCUGUCUGCUCCAUCUCUCCUCCUGGCUUACCUCUUCUCCUCCCUCAACACCGCACAGGGCCUCCUCAUCACCAUACUGCACUGCACCCUUGCCAGGAAGGGUCAGAAGGACUAUGGCCGAUGCCUGCGUCUCUCGCAGUGCUGCACCACGUCCUCUUCCAACUCUCCGGACUCAGUGAAGGGUGCUGCCCUGCGGUCCAACAGCCGCUACACCAGCAGCCAGAGUCGGAGAGCUACUGCUAACAGACAGAGUCGUAUCAGGAGGAUGUGGAACGACACUGUUCGCAGACAGACUGAAUCAUCUUUCAUCGCUGCAGACGUUAACAACACCCCUACUCUUAACCGAGCUGCUUUGGGGAACCAUUUCCUCACUAAUCCAGUGUUGCAGACUCAUGCUGGAGCCUCUCCUUAUGACACGAUGCUGGCCCAGGGAUACAGUCAACCCUUCACCUCCACAGGAACCUUCAGAAACAAGCAGAAGGGUAGUGUGUCCCAGAGCCAGGAGUCCUGUGGGUUGGACAGUGUGUGUCUCAAUGGAGGCUACACCCCCAACACCUUCACCCUGCACGGUCUGGGAACCACCCCCGGGUCCCGAGCUGGAGUGGUGGGCAGCACUGACCUUCUGAGGGAGGGAGGAGUUGGGAUAGGAGGGGAUGACAUCUCACCAGCCCUCCUCACCCCCCACGGAGCCACGGAUCUGGGCAGCGGUGCUGGAAUGCGUCGUAACCUGUCUGAUGCAGCUGCGCUGGAAAAGAUGAUCAUCUCAGAGCUGGUGCAGAGCAACCUGAGGCCCUCAGUUCCCAUGCCUGUUCCUCCUGAGCGCUACGGAAGCCUGGCGAGGCCACACCACCACGACAGGGCAGCUCUCACUCACACUGCCACUUUAACUCGACACGCACAGCCACCCCAAGAGGGCUGGGCUGCCACCAUGCAGCCAAACACACGCCACAACGCACAAGAGGGCUGGGCGCAUACGAGGCACCACACACAAGAUGCUGAGACACAUUCCACAACACGUGGACAAGAUCAUGCCACGACGCCACGCCUACAAGAUGGCUGGUCGCACUCACGGGUUCCUGGAGAUUCGGAGUCCCGUGAGCUGCUUAAAGAUGGGGACAGGUCACAGCUGCAAGGCACUCUGGGUCGCCGCGGGCUCCAGGACAGGCAGCAAGCGCGUCCCCCUGAUGUUCAGGCUCGGCCCUACUCCACCCUCAGCCGCACACCUGGCACUCUGUCCCGCCACCGCAACACAGUGGAGUCGAACGGAGGGACAGACAGAGAGAGAGACAGGGAGAGAGACAGGGAACGUUACCGGGACAGACCCCUCCCGCCUCCUCCUCCCCCUCCCCCACAGGAGUCUGAGCCCCUGUACAAGGCUCUGGAAGAGCCGCUGCUGAUGAAUAAGAGGGAGGCAGGCGUAGAGACAUGGAGAGGCGGCCAGGACAGAGAGAAGGACGAGACAUUUCUCUUAAAAAGAGACGGAAUGAUGGACGAAUGGAGGGGAGGAACUGAGAGAGGGAGGGAUGAGUCUUUUACUUCUCCGAAGAGAGAUGAAGAGAUGGACGAAUGGAGAGGUGGAAUGGAGAGAGGGAGGGAGGAAUCUCAUCUGCUGGAGAAGAGAGGUGGAAGGAUGGAGGUGUGGCGGGGAGGAGCAGAGACAGAGCAGGAGGAGACUUUUAUAACUCAGAAGAAAGAUUUUGGGAUUGACGGCUGGAAAGGCGGGAUGGAGAGAGAGAAAGAUGAAUCCUUUUUUUUAAAGGACAGAGAUGGAUGGAGGGCAGGGAUUGAACGAGAGAAUGAGAAACAGAAGGAUAGAGCACUGGAUGUGUGGAGGGGAGGGAUGGAUAUAGACAGGGAGGAAUCUUUCCUGUUUGAGAGCAAAGAUGGAGGUCUCGAUGCGAGGAAAAGAGGAUCUCUUCGGUACCACGGCGAACGAGAGGAUUCUGACAGCUUUGCUCUGCCUUUGACCCCUGACCUCGACCUUGACCCUGACUCUUCACCUAUCUACGCCCGAGAUUCAAACCCCUCUCCGCUCUACCCCGGAGACCGCCGCUCACCGCCACUCAGCAUCUUCCCCCGAAGCUCUCCCCCAACGAAUAUCUUCGCUCCUCGAGACACUAACUCGCCACCAAACAAUCUCUACUCACGCCACUCCCCCCAGGUGUACAGCCGAAGCAGCUCCCCUCCUCGCUUCUAUACCCGCACUUCCCCUCCGACCCUCUCGUACCCCGACAGCAGCCCUGAAGGUCCAGAAGAGGUCAGCCCCACUGGCCAGCCCCAGCGGCCCGCCCUGGAACUUCCCUACAGCCUGGGGCGACCCCCGCUGGGGCCUCGGCCCAAUCACCUGCAGACCUUCUACCAGCCGCCACCUCUGGCAUCCAAUGGAGAGGCAGUGUACUCAGCAGAGUCUGCCUCUGAGGGAGACGACGGACAGAUGCAGCGGGUGACGAGCCUGUGACUAGGGCGGUGGUGAUCGGGGCAUAGAAACCAGGCAGGAGGAGGAUGAUGGUGAUAACAACAAAUAAUGAUGAUCAAACUGAUGGAUACGAUGAUGAUGAUUAUGAUGACACUGUUAAGGAUAAUGAAUGAUGAUGAUGAAGGUAAUGAUGAUGACAGUGAUGGCUCCUCCCUGCUUCUAUCUCCUGAUCACCACGAGACUUCCCCCUUUUCAUGUUUUGUUACUUUUCUAUGACUGUGAUCCAUUUAUAACUCUUCCUCCUCCUCUUCCUCUCCCUCUUCUCUCUUUCCUCAAACCCUGCUGUGUCGUCCCAUCUCAUCAGUGCUUAUCUUUAUUUGCCCAUCGUCUAAGUUUCUAUUGGUUCAUCGGCUGGGUGUUUUCCUUCCCUGUAGCAAGCAAGCAGUGUGUCAAAGAAGCACUUGUGUGUUGCCAAAAAAUCCUUUCAAAGAACAUGUGCAUGACUUUAUAGUGGCUUUACAAGGCUACAUACUGUAGGAGGAAAGAGCAGAAGUGUGUGUGAGCGUACGUGCGAGUGUGUGUGUAGCUUGAUGAGCAUGCGUGUGUGUGUAAGGGUGUGUGUGCGUGCGCGUGUGUGUGUGUGUGUGUGUGUGUGUGAGUGCGUGCCUGUAUAUACAUCAUUCUUGUAUAAUUAAUGUAUCACAGUGAAGCAUUUUAUCAAUAUCAACUGGGGGGCCUCUUACACACAUCCCCUCUGACUGAUUUUGAACUCUUGACCAAUCCCAUUUUCACAUCAAGACCAAAAACUCCACCCAACCCCCCCACCUUCCACCUGCCACUAACUGUUGGUGAUGGAACUCGUUGCCAUGGAGUUUGUCAUAGCAACAGAACUCUUGACUCCAGAGCCAGAGAUCAUAUAAAACCUCAGAACUUUUCUGCAACCCCCUGAGAUCCUUGUACAUAUCGACCUCAAGUGUUCUGAUUGUCUUGUAUUGCUAUUGAAGUUCAAGUAAACAUGUGAAAUAAA